AUGUAUUCUGCAAGAGCAAGCGUACGGUUUCCAUUGCAACUGAAGCGGAGCCUUCAGUCCAGAUGCGCCUUCGCGACGACUUCAUACAGUACUCCCGCCCCUCAUCCGUCCCGAAUAACAGAUGCCGAUGUCCAAGGAGCGAGAUUGUAUUGCUCCAAUCUUGUCCAAAACUUUGAUUCCCCAUCUUUCACUUUACAGGGCUUUAUCCCAAAUUCAGCACGAGAUGCGUACCUCGCCAUUCGAACGCUCAACAUUGAACUGGCUCGAAUACCAGAUUUAGUUUCAAACCCUACAGUCGGUGCAUUACGAAUGCAGUUCUGGCGCGAUAGCCUCACUCGUACGUUUGCAGAUACUCCUCCAAAAGAGCCUGUGGCAAUCCUUCUGCACCAUGCUCUCGCCUCUCUGAAAAUUCAGAAUCCGGGAUUCAGCACGAACAUUAUGAAAGGAUGGUUCAUGAAAAUAAUCAAUACGCGAGAGCAAUAUAUGGAUAACCGGCCUUACACGACGAUGGAUGCUCUAGAGAAGUACGCUGAAAAUACGUACUCUACCUUGCUUUACUUAACGCUUGCAGCUGUCCCUCUGAACUCAAUGACAACAGAUCAUGUUGCGAGUCAUAUUGGAAAAGCCACCGGAAUUGCUGCUGUACUACGGGGUUUACCACUGCUUGCGUUUCCUCCCCCACCGAAUCACCACAACAAUAAUGCUGCGUUUGUUGGUAAUGCAGGCGGCCGUCAGGGCUCGGUGGUAUUGCCACUAGAUAUUAUGGUAGAAACGGGAGUCCGAGAAGAAGACAUCUUCAGACAUGGCUCUGAAGCGCCCGGGCUAAAAGAUGCUAUCUUUAAAGUUGCUACUCGAGCAAAUGAUCACCUCAUUACUGCCAGAGAGAUGAUGAAGAAUCUGCAGCAAGGCGAGGAUGCAGGUCAUGCUUAUGAACAUGAAGGCGACGAAGGCCACAACUACGCUGAAAGAAUCCCUAGUGGACAGUCGCAACUCGAUGAGUUGGAAAGGGGGUUUGGAGUACUUAUGCCAGCUGUUUCUACCCGGCUUUGGCUAGAGAGUCUUGAAAAGUAUGAUUUCGACGUUUUCAAGCCCGAGUUGAGAAGCCGAGAAUGGAAAUUGCCAUUUAAGGCAUACUGGGCCUACUCAAGGAGAACAAUAUAG